CUAAUUUGCCUUUGAUAUAGACUUAAUUGUUUGCGUCACCCACCGGGCUAGGGGGAGGGCUAUAAAAGGGGCUGCAGCCAUUGUCUGAGGCAGAAGAGAGCCCAGAAACAGCUCCCUCUCCCAGUCUUCCUCAUUCAGCACAGAAGUCACAGCCUGUGCAUCAUGCAGCUGGUGGCCAGCCUGGUGUCCGUUCUGCUGCUGGUGUGGAGCGUGAGAGCCACCGCGCUGCCCGGAGAAGAGAGACUGGCGCUACAGAACACACGGGAACAGAGCACGGCCCGCAAAGACGCCAUCCUGAAGAUGCUGGCGGGGCUGCUGGAUGGCGUGGACGCCGGGCGUGAGGCGGCAUCCCCGGAGCUGGACGAGGACAACAAGCUGGAGGAGGAGCGGGCAGCACUGGGGCGGCUGGCCCAGCUCUCACAGCGGGACCGCAAGGCUCCCUGCAAGAACUUCUUCUGGAAAACCUUCACCUCCUGCUAGUGCCGCCCGGCUGGACCCCGCCGGGCCGCCUGCCCAUCAACACCCUCCCCUCCGCCGCUCCAUCCCCUGAGCUCCCGCCCUUGUCCUCCCCACCCCUGAGAAUAAAGCAUGGCGCCUCGGG